AUAGGAAAAGUUUAGAUUUAAAAUAAAUAAGAUAAGAUUAUGAAUAUGAUCCUUAAUGGAAAGGUUAAGUAUUAUAUAUGAAGACAUAAAAAAGUUAUUUGAAAAUAUAAGAAAGUUAGGCCCUAAGAGGCGUGAAGAAAAGUUAGGAGAGCAGAAAUUUGAACAGGCAUUAGCAUUAUAUAAUGAGUAUAAGUUAAUUUUAAGGUCUCUUGAUAAAGAGGAAGUUUGUACUGCAGCGUUAUCUGGAUAUACAUUCAAUUUAGUUUGCGAAGGUAUAGAGGAGUUUAAUUCUAAAAUUUUAAGAUAUAAGAUAGAUUCCCAGGAAGGAAAUACAAUGGAAAAUUUUGAAUUAAAAACCGCGAGUGUCCUCAUACCAGUAAUGGAUGGUAAGGAAGAAACAACGGAAAAGAUAAUCGACGGCAUAGAGAUGUAUGAUAGUUGUUUAAAAACGAGUGACAAUAAAAAACUGCUGAUUUCUUUUGUCCUAAAAACCCGUCUAACAAAGUCAGCUAAAUUGAAACUAAAAUCUGAGUAUGCAAGUGUUGACAAUUUAUUAGAGGAUAUGAAAACAUAUUUACUGACAAAAAAAUCAGCCAAUUCUUUGUUGUCACAAAUAAAUAAUUUAUCUCAACAUAAUAGGACCAUUGCAGAAUAUGGAGCGAAGUUAGAAGAACUCUUUAUAGGGCUUACUAUAGCACAAGCCGAUGGAAAUGCAAAAGCAAGUGCAAUAUUAAGUCCUAUAAAUGAGAAGAUGGUUAUAAAAAGAUUCGCAGAUGGCCUGAGGAACCGGCGACUGAGCACAGUAAUAUCAGCUCGAGACUACAAGGAACUCAAGGAUGCGGUACGCGCAGCAGAGGACGAGGAAGAUGCGCGCCCUGGGACAGCAGGGCAGGAUGCCGUGUAUUCAUAUUCACGAGCAACAUUUUAGAGGAAACCAGAUGCAGCCAAGGUAUGCGAUUGAGUCGCGUGGCAGUCGCGGCAAGGGUUUCAAUGGUCGCGGCAGGAGUUUUCAGCGUGGUUACACAUGGUCAAACAGAGGUAAUUUAAGAAAUAAUACUAACAGGGGUGCCAGAGGUGCAAGGCGAGACAUGUAUUAUACCUCAGAAGACGACAGUCAGAAGAAUCAGGAGUCAAUAGGUGAGCAGCAUAACGAAAAUUUAGAACAGUUUUUUCGAGUCUGAUUACGCCUUAACUUGCAAAGGAUUAGAUUUCAUCAACUUAUAUGUAGGGAAUAGAAUGUGUAAAUUUCUAUUAGAUACUGGUGCUUCGAUAUCGAUAAUUAAUAAUCAUAUAGUUAAAAGUAGUACAGCUAGGUAUAAUGAAAGUACAAUAAUACAUGGAAUAGGUGGCAAAGUAGAAUCAAAAUGUUUCUCAUACAUUCCGUUACGGUCAGAGUCAGGUUUCGUAUUCUAUCACAAAUUACGCUUAUUCGACAACAUGCCAUGCGCAGCGGAUGGUAUUAUCGGUCUAGACUUUCUGAGAACUUAUAACGCAAACAUAAACGUACCUACGAACCGACUUACAUUACAAUGUAAUAAUAGAACUUGUACAUUAUUAAUAAAUACUAGUUAUAUCAAUAAAGUACAGUCGGAUGAUUAUUUAACUGCUCCGGCACGUUGUGAAUCAAUACAUUAUGUUCACAUAAAUAAAAAUAUAUACAAAGAUUGUGUCAUACACGCGAAGCAAUUAGGUGAAAAUAUAUUUAUGGCAGCAAGUAUUGUAAAACCAAUAAGGGGCAAAAUCCCUAUAAAAAUAUUAAACACCGGAGAAAAUUCAAUAGAUAUACCUAAAAUUGAUUUGAUAAGUAACGACGAUUUAGACUAUUUUGAAAAUUAUGAUGUUUGUUCAUUUAAUAAAUCAGAACAGGGUGUAGAACGCGUAAAAAAGUUACUACCACAAUUAAAAUUAACUCAUUUAAAUAACAAUGACAGAAAACAAAUUGAAAUUAUUUGCGCGAAGUAUGCUGACAUCUUUUUCUUAGAAGGCGAUAAGUUAGGUACAGCGAAUGUCGCUGAACAGUCGAUCACAGUGAAACCGAAUACCAAUCCCGUGUAUAUAAAGCCUUAUCGGCUACCGCAGUCGUUGAAAUUAGAAAUUAAUAAACAAGUUCAAAAAAUGCUCGAUGAGGAUAUUAUAGAACCUGCAAAUAGCGAGUGGAAUAGUCCAGUACUCUUGGUACCUAAAAAAACAGAGGGUGAAAAAAAAUGGCGUUUAGUUGUUGAUUACAGGAAGGUUAAUGACUCGAUACAGGAUGAUAAAUUUCCACUACCAAACAUAACCGAAAUAUUAGACUCGCUUUCCGGAAGUAUUUAUUUUACCCAUUUAGACCUGCACCAAGGAUUUUUCCAAGUCAG